CAUGGGUACCAUGGCUUUAAAUCGUCAAAGAGACAAAACAGAAGAGUCUGAAGAGAUGCAACGGUGUCCAUACUUACAUGAGAUGAAAGAGCGUUUGCUCUCCCAGCCGACACCAACUGAUAGCCUGGACAUGGAACGACUCGACGGAGGUACUCCUGUUAAGGAGGCUAAUCUACACAAUGAUUAUCCGGCGCAUACGAAUCCAGGUGUGAUACCUGAACCUCCAGAAAUGCCACCUGAUUCUUUGAUUGGUACCGUUGUCAAGCUGAAUUCCGAUGGCUAUGGCUCGCACACAUCGCCAGCGCAUGCAAGGCAGCCUCUAGUUCCACAGAAUUCGAAUAACCCACCCCUCUGCCUCACUCCUACGUAUUCCGGUCCAGCUAAUGGCAUGCUGCCAAAGAAUGCGAAAACGUCGCUCUUCAUCAUCAUGAGCUUCAUCUAUUCGAAGCUACUCGUAGUCGUGUGCAUCGCUUACGUGAUAAGCGAAGUAGUGACGCACAAACUGCCGUUGUACUAUUACGAGGGAUUCUUCACAUACCUUUAUGGCAUGAGUAUUCUGUUCCUGCUGUAUGUCUUCUGCUUCCUCCUUCAAGAGAGCGCUUGCUGUGCGAGAGGAAGCGAUACGCCGCCACCGCCUCCGAGACCACCCAAAACUGGUUGGGCCCCUAAGGAACCUAAAGACAAGAAUAAGAAAAAGGAUAAGAAAGAAAAGGAUCAGAAGCAGGAUAAGAAGAAAAAAGAAGCAACUACUCAGGAUUCAGCCGAUGUUGAAGCUGGUGUUGCUACGCGAGUCUUGCGAAAACGAAAGACUUCGCAAAAUGAUCAUAGCCAUGGAAGUUUUUUCCUCAGAAUUGGUGCAAUAGCGUUUGGACUUGGUACUAUGGUAUACAACGGUUUGGAAUUCGGUGCGUUCUUCGAGGUGCCACCUACAUCACCUUGUUAUCAAAUUCUACAAGGCGUUAAUCCGGUGUUGCAAAUGAUCUUCACCUUUAUGCAGAUGUACUUUAUCUUCAUGAACUCUCGAUUGAACAUUCAUCGCUUUAAAGUCAUCGCUCGCUUUGGUCUGAUGCACGUGGUCGCGACAAAUCUCUGCGUAUGGAUACGCACGCUGGUUCUGGAGAGUCUCAAGGAGAUCACUCAGUAUCACAAAAAACUAGGCCAGUUUCAGGCUGGGAUUCUCGAGAGCAUCAAACUGCACUCGAUGCGAAACGCAGGGGCCAUAUUGGGAACCGAGCCGCGCGACAUGGCGCAAUUGCGUGAGGCUCCUCUUAUGAGGUCAACGACCGUCGCGCCGACCGUCACCAGCACGGUUGUGACAGUCGGCACUGCUCUGGGUCGCGUAAUGACAACGACAGCUAGAUCAAUCGCGGAUGCGUUCACCUCGCCGUCUGCAACAUCCACCUCUGCAACCACCACUUGGACGACCCCGUCGACAACGCCGUCGACCACUACUUUCGCGUUGCCUAAUCUGACGACCACCGCGGCGACAACUUUGUCCACUCUUUUGACUACGUUCACACCGUCGACCACCAGCACCACCACCACUACCACAACCACCGAGAGGAUCACCACCAUCCCGACUACAACGAGCACCAGCACUACCACAACUACCACGCCGUCCACUACUACGUUAUGGUCGCAGAUGAUAGAACUACUGAACACCGCGCCACAGAGUGACAUAGACAAUCAAGUACCGCAGAUCUUUGAUAUGAGCAAUUUGACAAAUAGCAGUGAUUACUGGAGUCCGAACUUAGGUAUUUACGCGGAAGCCUUAACGGAGGAUGGCACGGUAUCCAAUUCGUGCGGACGCGUCAAUAUCAUGGGAACCAUCGUCCAGGACGCGGCGCCAUAUCUAUUUCCAUUCAUAAUCGAGUACAGUUUGAUUGGAGCAGCAGUGAUCUACGUCAUGUGGAAGCAUAUCGGCCGACAUCCGCGUUGGCCUCAUCUGGCAGAGGCUGAUCUUGAACGUCGUUUGGAGGCUAUGCUAUCACGAAGAGCUGUCGUUCUUGCUCAUGCAGGUCACACUAGAGUCGACUGCGUUGGAGCAAGCAAAGGUCUCUUCUUCGGUCUGCUUCUUCUGGUUGGUUCCCUGAUAUGCCUGAUACUGUUCUUCGUGCUGAUCCAUCACCCGGAGUUCGGAUUGCUCGCGAUUUAUCUCGCUGAUGUGUCUCACUGCAUCCUCAUGGCGUUAUCUAUCAUCGCCAUAAUCAUCGGCUUCAUUCGCGUGCAGAGCCUCAAGUUCAAGGCAGAAGAGCAAAGCGACCUCAAUGACAUCCUCCUACGCGUCUCCGCUUUUGGUCUCUUCGUCUACGCCGUCUUCAGUGUGAUCGCUGGUUCCCUAGCGGCCUUCACGCACGAGCCGAAUCUGCUGGUGAUGGUGACGGGAUUGCUUUCGGUCGCUCAGGUGGUCCUUCAGAUGCUCUUCAUCGCUGAUGUGUCGCGCAGGCGAGUUCACCUGCCGGAACACGAUCGCAGCAAGCCCGGCAGACAGGUGGUUACUUUCCUGCUGAUCUACACUUUCGAGACCCAGAAGGUUAUCGCCAAUCCGGUGCAGCUUGAUUUCUACGGAUUCCUCGCUUGGGCUAUUGUGCAGAGGGUCACCUUGCCACUGUGCAUCUUCCACAGGUUCCACAGCGCCGUGACGCUGGCCGAGAUCUGGAAGACUAGCUACAAGGCGCGUCUGGAGUAGACGAGCGGGGAGUCCCGUCAUAGUCAAUCGUCCGGAGUGAUCGUCGGUUGGAACGAAAGAGCGAGCACAAGCAGGUCAGGAUGCUCGACGACCUCGAUCACAUACAUCGAUUUCAGGUCUCGAAAAAAAGGUGAAGAUUGAGGAAAGAAAGAGAGAAAGAGAGAGAGAGAGAGAGAGAGAGAGAGAGAGAGAGGGGAAGAGUGAAAGAUCGAUUGAGAAGGUCGACGGACGGAAAAAUUGCAAAAUGACGGAUCAGCCGAAAUAAACGAACAUAUACAGCGUGUUUAAUACGCUUGUUGCACGAAGAAAUCUUCGGAUGAUAUCCAAGUCGUUGAUAAUUGUUAAACAGUUCCAAGAAUUCAAGUUGGAAAUUGAAGAUAUAUCUCGUUGAGAAACCCUUUAUCGACAUCUGAAGAGGCACUUCAGUGAUACAAUCAAGGUCGAUCUAACAUCCUCGAAGAGGAGCUUUCGCGUAAAGUGGAGCUAGAUAUGAUCGUGCCGAAUCACAAAAAAUUACUAUUUCUUUGUCUCCUGUUUUGUGUACGUUGUAUUUCUUCUCUUCUUUUUUUUUUUACGUUGUUAGCAUUGAUUAAUAGAGACAACAGGGGGAAGGACGGAUUAAUGACAUCUGGACGAUCGACAAAUAUCUUGUCAAUCAGGCUUUCGCCAAUCUCAGCGUAAACGAAGCACAAAACAACAAAAAUAUUAGCGCGUACGCAUUUCCCUUCACCGCGUUUCUCACCUUACACGAUCUCUAUAUACUGCCACUAAAUUUUCUACUUUUAUAUGUAUAACGUUAUAUGUACCGUAUAUGUACCCUCGCCCCAUUGCGCAUUAUCAAGAGCAUUGUAGACAAUUCGGUUCACUCGCGGGGAUUUAAAUUGUUCGAUAUAUUUCCUGGAAUUUUUCUUAUUUCAUUCAUUAUGGAUAUGUCGGAUCGCUGUGAUAUACUUUUGUGAAAACUUGAGUCGGCGUUGGCGGCGAAUCUCCUUCUAUUCGUACGUUAACGUAUCUUUAAGUAAAUACUUAAAUAUUUUUAUAAGUCAUCGAUAUUUAGCGGAUGAGAUUAGCCUCUAAGUUCAUCGUGUUUAGUUUACGCUCUCCGAUAUACGUAUAUUUUACGAGACGUUAAUUAAUUUGGUAUCAGAAUUCGUCGUAUCAAAUUAGCUGACCGUCGAAGCAAACGGCUUCGUUUCCGUAUUUUAUUGAAAUAAUUUCACGAUCGUAAAAGAUAGUAUGAGCGGAGCUCUUAGAUUUAUUCAUCAAUACACACAACGUGUGACAUAAUCAUCGCAAAUGAAACGAGCGAAAUGGUCGUGGUUGCAUUUUUCGCGGUCGAAGUUUAACUGCAGAAAUUUCAAAAGAGGCUCGACGAAGAAGAGGAUAUAAUUUCGCGGCGUUGUUUGCUUAACGAAAGCAAAUCGAACGACGUUUCAGUCUCGCGAAAGAUCCUCUUGUUCUCGAAACGCUUCAUUCAAAUCGCGAGUGCUUCCUCGCAUUCAAGAGCGUGCAAUUAACGAGAGAUUCGUCCCUUCAAAAGGGACAUUUGCAAAUGCAAGAUCUCCAUCGUUGUUUCCCGUUGCGUGCCGCAGAGUACAAAAUUGUUUUUGAAAUUUUACGAAUCCCUUUAUCGACACUUUUUGAAUAUUCGUUCACUUUGAAUGAACACGCCAACGACAUCGUGUACCUUUGUCGUAUCUUCAUCGCGAGCAGUUGGCACACGGAGAGACGCACAUUUAAACAACAACGUUGUACGAAGAGUCAAUGAGGAAGGAAACCCGUGUUCGAAGCCAACACGAGCGAUAGUGUAUAGAGAAUAUUUUGUUUCAGACUCACCGAGUACUCCGAAUGAAUGGCAUAUACUCGAAAAGCUUUCACGAACGUAAGCGGAAGUUACGCUCUAUGAUGCAGAUUGCAGAUUGUGUGACUAAAACGUACGUA